AUGCGUCAUGAACCUAUUUGUGUUGUUACUGACCAAGAUCCAGCUGUCAAGAUUGCAGUUGCUUGUGUGUUUGGUACAUCAAAACAUAGAUUCUGCAUGUGGCAUAUAAUGUGCAAGGUUGGUGAGAAGGUUGGACCGGUUUUAGCUAAGGACGAGGUGUUUAGGAGGAAGUUGAAUGACAUUGUUUGGAACAAAUCUAUAGAUUCCAAAACCCCAUUGGCGCUGGAGAAGCAUGCAAUGGAUGUUUAUACCAUUUCUGUAUUUUAUGAUGUGCAAGUAGAGAUUUGUGAAGGUUGUUUUUCUUGUCAAGUGGUGUCUUUGUGUGAGUGUGAUGUUAAGGUGUGUUAUGGGAUAAAAGAUGGUGACAAGAAGGCAUGGUGUGUGGAGUUUUUGCUGGCUGACUCUACUGCUACUUGUUCAUGCAAGAUGUUUGAGCGGAUGGGGGUGCUUACUAAUCUAAUGUGGUCUGAAAUAUAUGCUUGCGUGGGAUUGGCUGAUGGUAAUGUAGAACGGUUGGAACAACUAAGACGUGUUAUUUGUGAGCAAAGGGAGUUUUUUCUCAAAGAUGGGUGUGAGGAUGACAAUGGGGUAGCUGGUAGCAGCAAGGAAAGUGUGAUUAAAUCAUUUUGUGGUGAUGUGUCUCAGGGGUCAACAGUGGAGGUGCGUGAUCCAAUUAAAGCUAAGAACAAGGGCAGCGGGAAGCAGAUGAAGAGUGCAAGGGAGAAAGCUGCGAAUAAGUGUGUAAAGCAAUCAAGGAAAUGCCAUACUUGUGAUGAAUAUGGUCAUAAUAGUAGGACGUGCCCAUUAAAUGGCUAG